UUAAGUGCAAAGCGGGAGUGUCGUUGAGUCCUGCUUACUGAACCUGACUCUCUUCAUCAAAUGAAGAGACUAGGACCCGAAGCCGAAGGUCCUGCAAUUAAAGCUCUCGGUUCUCUCUUUAAGCUCACUGAAGUCUACUUAUGAAAUUGCAGCAAGAUAUUGAUGUUGCCAGCUCCACCAUAGUUUCUUCAGCUAGUGAUUUUAACUCUUUAGCAGAGGAUGUAGAAUUGGCUGCACAGAUGAACGAACUGGGUCUUCCCCUUGCGUUCCAAACUAACAAGGAGAAGAGGAAUGGAAUGACCGGGGGCAAAAGGAAGGGUUCACGUAUGAAACAUUCUCAGAGUCAUAAAGAAACCAUGGAUGAAAUGCUAGAACUUUCCAAAGUGAGUGAGCAGGAGAUGGAAUUUCCUACUAUUUUUCAUGAUACCACAGGGAAUUCUUUAUGUUGCAUGUCAAUGCUGGGCCAAAGUGAAUCAUCUCAUUAUGAUGUUGCAGUGGAUGGCAGUGAAUCUCAAUGCCCUACCAGAGAAGAAGAAGACUCAACAAGUUCAGGUAGGAUUUCUGGUUCAACUGUCGAGAAACAAAUCUGUGAGAGAAUAUUUCAUGUUGUGUCAAACAAUUAUGGGAACUAUGAUAUUGGACUACAUGGUGAUCAUAUGUCAAAGGAUGACACGAAAAUUGUGGUGGGUUCAACUCCUGUAGAGGCUGAGCGUGCACCAGAGAGUAGUUUGACAGAUGCAGGAAAUGACAACUUUAGUAAAGGACUUUGUGGAUGUCUCAUGGAGUAUGACUGUUUAGAAGUAUCUUCAGUGGCUAUUUGUGAUAACAAAGGUGAUAAAGUUUGCACCAAUAACUUCGUUGAGCAGACACAGGUACCUGAAUUAUUUGUGCAUUCUUCAAGGUUAGAAGUGGUCAACCAAGAGGAAAUUGACAUUUGUAAUAGCAAUGGUGAUUUUGGGGAUUGGAUGGUGUAUUGGGACUCUUUCUACCGGAGAAACUACUUCUACAACAUCAAAACACAUGCUUCUACUUGGGACCCGCCCCCAGGCAUGGAACAUCUAUUCUUUGUUGACACUUCUGAUAAGUCCAAUGAAAUGACUGCUGAAAUGGCUAAAACAGUUGUUGGCCCUUCCAUUAAUGUCUACUCAGAAUCAGCAGAUUUAUGUGUUUUGGGGAAUGAUGCUGAAUCAUUUGAUGAAUCAGUAGAUCAGCCACUUGAUAAGGUUCCACUGUGUGCUGCUGAUCACUCUGUGUCUGGCGUUUGUUUUCCUUCCUCAAGCAGUAGUUUGGAUCAUGUGGAUGGAAUUAUUGGGAUCAGUAAAAGUGAUGGUGGUUCGUUAUGCUUUGCAUCUGAUAAUCAGGAGCAUAUCAACAGCCAAGAAAACAGCAUCAAUCAACUGGGUUUUGAUGAGUUCUACAACAGUGAGUUGCAGCUGCCAUUCAUAGACAAUUCUGGUGAAAUGGAUUGUGUUGAGCACUUGGAUGAACCUGAUGCCAAUAUGGAAUGCAAAUAUGAUACAGCCUUUCAGUGCAGCUUGACUAGUCAACUCAUUGAAGCAGUUGUAGAGCAUGAUGAUUUGCAUCUAGGGCCUGUGUUUGGUGCAAAAGAUAAAUUGGAUUUGCAGCUUGACCCUGGCACAGCCAAACAGAAAAAGAAAGCUAGAAGAAGGCGUGCUAGGAGGAAACUGUUUGACGAAAUUGAAGAGGUUCAAUUUGAUGGGAUGGAUGAAGAGUUUCCUGCUAACAUAGGCAAAUACUGGUGUCAAAGGUACUUACUGUUUUCCAGAUUUGAUGAUGGUAUAAGAAUGGAUGAGGAAGGAUGGUUUUCUGUCACAUCAGAAGCCAUAGCUAAGCAUCAUGCAGUCCGUUGUGGUUGUGGAAUUGUAGUUGACUGUUUUACUGGAGUUGGAGGGAAUGCUAUCCAAUUUGCUAUGAGGAGCAAACGUGUUAUUGCAGUUGAUAUUGAUCCGAAGAAAAUCGAUUAUGCAUAUCAUAAUGCGAACAUCUAUGGAGUUGUCGACCAAAUUGAUUUCGUUGUGGCAGACUUUUUUCUUCUGGCACCAACAUUGAAGGCAGAUACUGUCUUUCUGUCACCUCCUUGGGGAGGUCCUGAUUAUGCUAAAGUGAAAACUUAUGACAUCCAGACAAUGCUUAAGCCACAGGAUGGAUAUUUUCUCUUCAACUGUGCAAAGGAAAUUGCUUCAAGAAUUGUCAUGUUUCUUCCAAGAAACAUUGAUCUCAAUCAAUUGGCGGAGUUGGCUUUAUCCACUGUUCCUCCAUGGUCAUUAGAGGUUGAGAAGAACUUUUUGAAUGGCAAGCUGAAGGCAGUAACUGCUUACUUCAAUGAUACGGCAGUUAGAUUAGAAUAAAUGAGCUGGGCUCAGGUGGGGUAACCAGAAGAGCAUGCCGGAACUGAGGUCAGCACGUUGUGAUUGCUGAUGCUAUACAAGUUGUGUGAUUAAGCUAUUUCAUGUACAGUUUUGUAAACUAUUUAAUAUUAUCUUAUUUUUGGUUUCAACUCUGUAAAUCGUGGGAAAAAGUUCACUCUUUGUUUACAGUGUUCUUGUUAAUUUGUAAAGGGUCAAUUGUAUAUGGAGAAUGGACUAUGCCCAAAACUUUUUUCCUCUUGGUUUAUAACAAUACCAUAACAAAAUAUUACAUGACCAUGUUGUUUGUUAA